CCAGUCUUCCUCAGCUGGUGAGAGUAGAUGACUCAAAGCUUAACAGGAUAUGGUGUUAGAUACCUGUAGGUGAUGGAUUUGAAUUUGGCCCAGGUCCUGUUACUGAAGUCAAAACAGAUAUAUAUGUCACCAGUUUUGGACCUGUUUCUGAUGUAGAAAUGGAAUAUACAAUGGAUGUCUUCUUUCGUCAGACAUGGGUAGAUAAAAGAUUAAAAUACGAUGGCCCUAUUGAAAUUUUAAGACUUAACAACCUGAUGGUCUCGAAGGUGUGGACUCCUGACACUUUCUUCAGGAAUGGAAAAAAGUCUGUUGCACAUAAUAUGACAGCCCCAAAUAAACUCUUCAGAAUAAUGAGAAAUGGCACCAUCCUGUACACAAUGAGGCUUACAAUAAGUGCAGAGUGUCCCAUGAGAUUAGUGGAUUUUCCCAUGGAUGGUCAUGCUUGUCCUCUCAAAUUUGGGAGUUAUGCUUAUCCAAAGAGUGAAAUGAUUUAUACCUGGACAAAAGGACCUGAGAAGUCAGUGGAAGUUCCUGAGGAGUCUUCCAGUUUAGUUCAGUAUGACCUGCUUGGGCAUACGGUAUCCUCUGAAACUAUUAAAUCUAUUACAGGUGAAUAUAUUGUUAUGACAGUUUAUUUCCACCUCAGACGGAAAAUGGGUUAUUUCAUGAUUCAGACCUAUAUCCCAUGCAUUAUGACCGUGAUCCUCUCUCAAGUUUCGUUUUGGAUAAAUAAGGAAUCUGUUCCAGCUAGAACUGUUUUUGGAAUAACCACAGUGUUGACAAUGACGACACUGAGCAUCAGUGCAAGACAUUCACUGCCAAAAGUAUCCUAUGCUACUGCCAUGGACUGGUUCAUAGCGGUUUGCUUUGCCUUUGUGUUCUCUGCUCUUAUUGAGUUUGCUGCUGUCAAUUAUUUUACUAACAUUCAAAUGGAAAAAGCCAAAAGGAAGACAGUAAAGUCCCUUCUUGAAUUUCCAGUUGCUCCAGUACAAAGAAAAAGAAGUACAGAAGAGACACUCACGGUACCCUUCCAGAAGGAAGUUCAGGAGAUAUUAGUAUUCUUCUUAAAUGCAGAGAAGAAAGGCAGAGGCCAAGUCGCAUUCCCAAAAAGUACAGAUGCCAAUUCAAAUGUGAGGAAAAGAACGAAUGCCACAGUACAGUCCGAAGCUGACGGUGGGAGCCGAAUUGACACAAGGCACAGCUCCAUCCAGCCUCCCUCUGUAGCUCAGGGGUCUUCUGACAUUACACCCCGCUCCUUUUCUGCAUCAAGUCCCAACCCCUUCACACGCAUCAAUGCAUCAGAGACAUUAUCUUCUGCAAGAGCUACCCCUCCGGCUCCUCCUUCUACCCCAAUUUUAACUGGAUUUGUAUCCCAGCAUGCCACAGCUGGUUCCCCUUCCAUUCAGCACUUGCUUGGAUCUAGACUGGAGCAGAUUCAGACCACAACACCUAAUACAUUAGGAGCAUCUGCAAAGCCAUCUGCUGUCACACCACCUGCUCCCCCCGCCUCUCACUCUGGCACGAGUAAGAUAGACAAAUAUGCACGCAUUUUAUUUCCUGUUACCUUUGGAGCAUUUAACAUGGUCUACUGGGUGGUGUAUCUAUCCAAGGAUACCAUGGAAAAAUCAGAAAGUCUAAUGUAGUUUUGCUGCUAUGUAGUAGUUCCUAAAUUAUACUCACAUUUGAUGCAUAGUUUCUUCUUUUGAAACUAUUUAAAAAGGUCAGUAAUUCUUAUUUAUAAAAGCUGUGUGCUACUUUCCCAUUGUAAAGGCUGGAACUGUUGGGGAUAAUUAGUUAACUCUUACCAGAGUAAUGGGUAACAGUAAUGGGUCUUCCUCCCUUCAGCUAGCAAUGACCAUCACUCCUUCAGACAAACUACUCUGGAUGUACAGAACUUGUCUUUGGGAGGAACGUGCACUGAAAAAGUCAAAGGCAGAGGUGCACAGCUGUGCAGUGGAACACAUCUGACUGCUAGGUAUAUGCACGUUGGCUAUUACAAAUCCCUGAGGCACCCAGCACUGCUGUCUGAACACAGCAUUGCAUUCUCUGAGUGCGAGGUCCAUGUCCUGAAUAUUUUGACAGUGCUUGCUAGAAAAGGACUGUCCCUGCUAGAUUAAAAUUGGCAGAACAAGGGGAAGAAAAUGAGAAGUGGAAAAAGAAAAGAGAGUCCAGCCUGGGAAAGUGCAACUCUGGGAAAGUUAUGCAAAGGAGUUGUAGAGCUCCGUAUAUUUUUACUAAGCGUUAUUUUGCAUUGUAACUCACUCCAAAAUAAUAAUUGAACCUUGUAAAAUCUGAAAUCUGAUGUAAUUCUCAAAAUUGGAUUUUCUAGUUUGGUAAGGUGAUCUUAACUGUUUGAUUCUUCUUUGACCUUGCUGACCAGCCUGAGUGGAUUUAUUCCUAAAUUACAUCCAUUGUAGUAGAUGAGGACCAGAUCCGCAAUGUUCAACUUUUUAUUUGAAUUCUUUGUUUUUUCCUUGGAUGUUUUGGGGUUUGGUUUUUUUCUUUCCUUCUUUCCCCACCCGCCCCAGAUUUUUGAGUUACAUUCUUGAUUGCCUUUGAACACAUGUUCCGCCCCUACUUUAUGUAAUGUUUGUGUCAAGUUAAAUUUUCAACAUAGUUUUAAAAGUGUUCAAAAUGAAACAAAAAAAAAAAAAAGUCCUGUGCUUUGAUGAGUGCAGCUAUGGCAUGUCACUGUGUGAAUGAAAGACACUCUUUUUGUGAAGGACUGCUGUGACAUAAAUAAGAAAAUAAAGUUUCUAGGUAGAGCCCAGGGAAAAUUUAUGAUCCAUUUGUUUAUUUUAAACGAUGGCAUUGAUCAGCACUUUUCUUAGCAUCUCAAUAUGCAAUAUGCAAGCUGGUGACUUUAUUAAAAAAUCAAAUAGUUAAAUCUGAUAGAAGUCUUGAUCAUAAAUGUUGUUUUCACUGGAACGGGUGGAAGAUACACUGUUCAUACAUAUAAAUAUGUUUGUACAGAUCCAUCUGGCUAGGCAAAUGGUUAGUGUUUCUGUGCAGAUGACAGGUGAAAAUCAGAGGCCAAAUUCUCAGUUGUGAUCUGGCUGUGUCUUUAAAGGGUCUGGACUAAACCUUAGCUUCGGUUGAUUGGGAUAGAAAGAUUGGUAGCCUGUGGUCAAAAUCAUAUGCUGCAGGGCAGAUCAGGUGAGUGUUGAGUGGUUCUGUGCCCAGACAGUGAUCAAAGGACUGGUGGAGACCACAAGCAGGUGGGCUAAUUGAGAGCAUUCUGAGACUGCCCUAAGACUAUGCUGGGAGAAGAGUCAGAAUAAAAAGAACCCAUAGUGCUGAAACUAUGGCUGUGCCCCUGUCUGUCUAUUAAACUAUGACUGUGAUUCUGGCUCUCCAAGCCUUUUAGCCAUCUCAUGACUGAGAAUCUGACCUUUAACUUGUGGGACCUGGGAGGUGGCAAGGCUGCUCUUUCAUGCAUAACAUUGGACUGUAGAUGAUAGAAUGCAGAGGAUGUGGGAGUGUCUUACAUGACUUUAAUGUAGUGAUGAUAUAAACAAUUGCCUUAGUCUUUUUUUACUGAAGGGAUGCUCUCAAAAGGCCAGAUAUAGUCCUUUCUUUUUUUGUCUUUUACAUCUAGAAGAUGUCUGAGAUAACAGCACUCCUUGAAAAUCAUUACAUGCAACAUACCACAGAAUUGGAAAUGAAGCACCCAUGCAAGAUGUCUAACUGCAGUAAUUUGUAUCUUUGGAUGUAUUGCUAGUUGCUGCAGAUGCUUCCUCUCUGAUAAGGUCACAUUGUUACAGAUUGUAAGAAUAGAUGAUAAUAUGCAAGAGAUUGAUUAUUUAUUUUGUUAAAUCAGAAGAAACAAAGCUAAUCCUCUGGCAAUUAUUGAUUAUAAUUACACAAAUGAUAAAAUAUUUCUAGCAUGAAGAACGAUGACUUUCUGUGUGGAGAACCCAGUGUGUGCAGCAGAAGUUACCGAAGUUACUCUUGGCUUUCCUCUGUGAUGAAAACCAAGAAUGUUUUUUCUCAGGCAGAGCUUUAAACAAUUCAUUAGAAACAGCUCUUUCUUCCUUCCACCCAUCCUGAUAUACUGAUUUAUAAUCAGCUUUUUCUAGUGCAUUGUUCAGUGGGAUCAGCACUGGUUGAGGCUAAGAUUGAUCUAAAUGUGUUACUUGAAUUCACUUGUAGUUUCAUUUUAAAGACUUAUAAGGAGAAAAAAGGAUUGCAAAAAUUAAUAGAUUACAAAUAUUUAUUUCUAUGCUUCUAUUUUGGAAGAAAUUUUUAAGGAUACCGCAAAAAAAAAAUUACCUAUUUUAAAUCUGACAGUGUGUUUUUGAAGUACCCUACAACACUUCCAUGCCUACAUCGAAAAUGAGACACAUUAAAAAAAAUCAUCGUGAGUAUAGGACUCAUCUCUUCAACUGUACAACAUCUUUAUGUUGCAGCAUAUAAAGAAAUUACCAUAAUUACGUUUCCAAAGUACACGUGGACAAUGUAAAUAGAAAUUUAUUGUUAACAGUGGUUCUUCCGUAUAUUUAAUCUUCUUGUAGAGUGAUCAGAAACAGUAUAGAGCCUGUAGUAUACUCACUGAUGCUGUAACUCAGAAGCACAAAAAAAAAAAAAAAGUGGGAAUAUGCUAAAUAUAGUGGCCCAAAUGUUCAAAACUGCUAACUAAAAUCCUAAGGGAAAACAUUGCAGGUGUCAUUUCAGUGACCAAAUGGCUUAUUAUAGCUGAGUUUGAGUGAGAUGAACUCUACAGGAACUAUUUUUUGUUGUUGUUAUUUUUUUUCCUAUUGGCUUUGUUGAACAAUCUUUUUUUUGAGAGUACCAUAGUGAUUUAAAACUAACCAGACACUUGGGGUAAGUUAUAUCUGUCAACAGGAAAGAAAACUGGAUAGAAAGCCAAAACCCUUACCAGGGAGUGGGGAUGCAUUUCCACUGACUGCAGUUUCCUCGGAGACAUUGUUACCAGCAGCAAAACUCUCACAGAUUGCAGUAGUGCAGCCCUGACCACUAAUGCAGUCGUUUGAGAAAAACAGUUAAAAACGUGGUUCAUGAAGGUUGCCUUCAUAGAAACUGAAGUGUGUUUUGUAGUCAACUGUGAGCCCUCUAUUAACAGGUUUCACUGCAGUUGUGACAAUAACGAAGCUGAGCAAAGUGGUAAACCUAGACCCCUCCGUCUAUGGUGACCUGAGCUCUUAGAGCUCACCAGCAGUACUGGAGUCUGUUUUUCCUCCUACAAAGUGGACUCAUCUCCACCAAACAGAUGUUGGUGAUGCAUUUCUUCUCCCAUGUGUCUUUUAAGAGGGGGAAAAAGUAAACUGUAAACUUUGUAAACAGUUUAAUCAUCCACUUUACAUUACCCUGUGAUCAGACGAGUAGACCAUAUAAUAAUUGAAUGAAAGAAGUUAAUAAUAAGGAAUGUGAAUAGAGCUUUUCUGUUUACAGGGACUAAAAGUUUAUUGAUUAUGGGGUGUUCAAGUAUAGCCUUUGGCCUGUC